AAAAAUUACUCUUCUCCUUCGUAGAGGAAAAGGAAUAGAAAAGUUUUGUAAUUUUUCUCUUGCUCCAAGUUGUUGUGAGGAUAUGAAAAAAUUUAUCAAUUCUAACUAUGGAAAAAUAUCGUGUACCAUCCUUGCCGCCGGCGGUCUUUCUCUUUUGAUUUAUGUGUUAAAGAGAUGGCCCAAACCAAAGCCCAAGCCUGAGACUGAGCCCACGCUCGGGCCCAAGUCCGAGCCCCAGUCCAUGCCCAAGCUUGGGCCCAAGUCUGUAUCCAUUUUUCUUAGAGAACUUCAUGGUGGCUAUCGAGCAUGGAAUAGAUUGGAGACAGAAACAUACAAAGAAGCUCAAAUAUCAUCAGCUCCAGACAGCGCAGGUGCCCUUCAACAGGAACUUCAGAAAGAACUUCCUGAUUUAAUGAUUCUUCAGCAAAAUGUAGAGGAUUUGGAAAACAGUGAAAAGGAAGGUGUAGCAGAGAAUAUACUUGCACAGGCGCUAAAAAAGGCCAGUGAUAAACCACAUGAAGCCUACGAGAUUGAAAUGUUGCUCGUAGAAGUGCUAAUCUACAAGGGAGGAAAACAAGAUUUAGAAACUGCCCUGAAAUGUAAAUGCUUGAAAGAUGAAUCGCUUAAAGAUGCACGACGCCCACUGUUCAAGGCAAUUAUAUACCAAAUGCUGGGGAGCAUAAAAGAAGCUAAACAACAUUGGGAUGAAUUCAUCGUAGUACGAGACCCAGCUUUCCGUCGUGAAAUCGAUUUUGAUCAUUUUAAACGUCACGUGGAUCGACUUCUACAAGCUAAUGCUAGGCAAAACCAUGAAAAUUCAUGAACUCUUUAAUUGUUGUAUAUAUCUUCACUACAUUGUUGUCAAAACUUACAAAAAAAAAAAAAAACUCCCGGCAUACAAUAAUUAUGUAAUUAUAUGCAUAAAGAAAUUUACCGGAGAUACAUAUUUUAAUAAAAUAUGAUUUUACAGUUUCA